GCAAAGAAAUAAAAAGGGUUUGGCGCUGUUGGAAGCCGGCAAGAACGUAGUGGGUUGAAUAACUCCCAAGUAUAUUCUCCCCAUAAAGCUAGGACUUCUGUGCCUGAAAAGUCCUUUAUAAAUAAAAUAACUAGAAAAACAAAAUAUUUUGAGUUUAAGAAAGCAAUUUCCCGAAAUCAAAGUGUAGCAUCACUUUAUGAUGUGUUUCUCCAGUCUUUCCUCCAACAACUCAGACGUGCAAAUAUCAGCAUUGUUUCUUUAUUCACAGUUAACUUGCCGAGCCGUGAUACCUGGACAGUCUGGGCUGGGGUCGGCAGAUGUCGUCGAGGUUGCAGUGCCAUGUCAGUGGGGCUGGUGUGGAGAGGGGUGGCAGGCUGUGAGGGAGGCCUGGUCUGCUCCCUGGGAUUUGCAGGCCGCCAUGUUGGCCGCUGCCUGAGCAACGUCACGGAGCGGAGAGAGCGAGAGAAGGGGACGCCGGCACAAUCGGCGUCCAUCCGCUGCUUCAUCCAGCUCGCAGAGGGCCGGCCACCGCACGGUGAGCACCAUGAGCGGCGGUACUCCUUACAUCGGCAGUAAAAUCAGCCUCAUCUCCAAGGCGGAGAUCCGAUACGAAGGGAUUCUGUACACCAUCGACACCGAGAACUCCACCGUCGCUUUAGCCAAAGUUCGCUCAUUUGGGACUGAGGAUCGGCCUACGGACAGACCAAUCCCACCACGUGAUGAAGUAUUUGAGUACAUCAUAUUUCGAGGCAGUGAUAUCAAAGACCUCACUGUGUGUGAACCUCCAAAGCCACAAUGUUCUCUGCCUCAGGAUCCUGCCAUUGUUCAGUCUUCCCUUGGCUCGUCCUCAAACUCAUCUUUUCAAUCAGUUGGUUCCUAUCCACCGUUCAGCAGAAUGCCUGCGUACAGCCAGUUUGGACCAAGCCCACUCGUGACACAGCAGUACAAUGCUGUGGGUGUUGGAGGCCCCUCGUCUUCUUUCAACAACAACAAAACCAGCUUCGCAUCACUUACACAGACCAGCUCACUGGGUUCAACCGUCAAACCCGAUACGAGCUCACUGAAAUUGCAGUUAGCUUUUCAGGGCCGAUCAAGUCCAAAACUGGAGUCCUUAAGAAAAAGUCCAACAAUGGAACAGGCAGUGCAGACACAUACUUCUCAAGCCCCUGUAGGUAGGAGGAGCCCUGUGCUAGCUAGGCCUCUGCCAUCGGUUCAGCAGAAACCAGUGGAUACUCACGAUGCAAGGAAAGUUUUUGAAUCACAGAAAGGUCUGCGGCCAGAGAAUGAUCACUUUAAGAAUGAAAAUCGUGAACCAAACAGGAGGCCAUCAGGGGGCCAGGCUGCCAGGCGAGGUCGCGGUGGAAGUCGAGGAAGGGGUAGGUUUGCUGUCAGACGAGACGGCCCAAUGAAGUUCGAGAAAGACUUCGACUUUGAGAGCGCAAAUGCACAAUUUAACAAAGAGGAGAUUGACAGGGAGUUCCAGAAUAAACUGAAAUUGAAAGAUGAUAAGCAGCCGGAUAAAGCAGAGAAGGCAAUAAAUGGUGAAGAUAAAGGAGACUCAGGGAUUGAAACACAAAACAGUGAAGGAAAUGCUGAUGAAGAGGAUACUUCAGGACCGAAAUGCUACUAUGACAAAACCAAAUCGUUUUUUGACAACAUCUCUUGUGAUAAUGAGACAAGCUAUUUUUCUUCCAGGGAUCGAAGACCAACGUGGGCUGAGGAGAGGAGGAUAAAUGCGGAAACAUUUGGAAUCCCAUUGCGCUCAAUGCGUGGUCGUGCAGGCUACAGAGGCCGCGGCGGCUACGCGUACAGGGGUGGGCGGGGUCGUGGAGGGAGAGGGAACUAUGGCCCUCCCCGUGGUGGCUAUCGUGGAGGAUUUCGAGGAAGCCGUGGUGGAGAUAGAGAGUUUUCAGACUUCGAAUACAGGAAGGACAAUAAAGUUGCUGCAUAGUACACAAGAUGGCGUUUGCAAAAGAAGGACUUUAGAUCUACUCAGUCCAGAGAAAUUGUUUCAUUUCAAACUUAUUUUUGACAGCAAGAAUGAAGAAAUUAAUUUGCUGUUCAUCUGUCACCAGCACUGGUAUUUACGUGCUUGACUUCAAAGGGGGAACACGCAAUGUCUUGUGGAGAAGGUUCGUCUUUAUGAUGUUGAGCAUUAAAUAUUUGUCUUUGAAAUAGAAGGAAAAUUUGUAAAUGUAUAGAUGAGACAAAAAAAUACAACUAGUAUGUUGGAGCUUUCCAGUAUUUUUGCAUUGAUAAUGAGAGCGCUUUCUUAUUACUGAAAAUGUUUGAUAAAAUGCUGUCAGUUGCAAGAAAUACUGUAUGCAGCCGGCCAUCUACUGUGAUUUGCAUUUUGACCCGCUGAGAUUCACAGGAAAUUACAUUGAAAGCUUUUAAGAUUUAUUUUUUCGGUGAAACAGUAAAACAGCUUUAUUGUGCGUAGGGUAAAAAAAAACUUAACACAUGGCUGUGCUUGUCUUGUAGUGGGGAAAGAUGGGAUCAGAAAUAUUUCAUGACACACUCCUCUGAUCUUCCCCCCCACCCCCAACCCCUUUGGAUGGGGAUGAAUUGCAUAUUUCUGCUUUAUGAAGGUGUUCUCCAGUAGAAUUUUUGAUUUUGAACAAAAACAUGAGAGGAAAAAGGUUAAGAUUCAUAGUGUUUUUUAAAAAAUUCAGUAAAUUUAGCUAUGGCAUAUAAAGCAUAAAGGGAUCCAAAGAGGAAUAAUUUUUGAAUUAAUGUAGAUAUUACGUGAACAGUUUUUGAACUCUGUUGUUUGCAAGUAAUAUAUAGUGUAUGGUUAGUCCCCUGAUAACAUAUUUCCCAAACAUUGAGGUUGAAGGUACAAGAGAUGAAAUUCCUCUGCUGUCCUUGUUAAUUUUUCAUCUACUUCCUUGCUAUGCUUGCCAUGUAACAAUAAAAGUAACUAUACACUAAGUAUAAUUGAAUGACUAACUAAUGUCAGUCGUGAGUUUGAGGAAGUAGUUCAGUCACAUGAGUCUUUGCUCCUGUGCUUCAUGAUAUCCAAGCUGCUUGAUUUGAAUUAUAUUUGUGGUACUUGCUACAGAUCUAAUAUGUUCUCUUUUUAUUUGAGUUCUUUAUACACUCUAGAUGGGGGAGGGGGGAAGCUCUGUUAGAUCAGGGGUAAGGGUGCAACUGGGAAUCCAGGUCAAUGCAUAACGAAUAACUUCAUGCUUAUCAGCAUGACGAAGCUGUCCUCAUUUCUGGCCAUAGGUGUGGAAGGUCAUUUCUGAGUUUGCUUUCUGCUGCGCCGUACAAGUCUUCCUUCAGUUAGGAAUAGCAUUAGCAAGUUUGCAAUUUCCAGUGAAUUUUACUGUUUAAAGGGGGAGGUGGGGAAGUUUGGGAAUGCAGUACUUAAGGGAAGGUGAGGAUAGGACUUUAUUUUAACCUUUGUUCAGAGAUGACUCCCACCAAUAACAAAAUCCAGCGUUGACCCACUUGGCCUGCACUGUUACAUCUUGAUGGGACAUCUGUUUUUGGUAGAUGUCAUUAAUGUUCCAUAGAGUUGCACGUGUGUGUUCAGGAGAAAAGGAAACCUGAAUUCUUACCUUGCUCUUCAAUCGUAACUUGAUAGUGUUUUUACAGAAUGAAUCCCAAAUAUAAUUUAAAAAUUUGAAUUGAUUAUCCUGACCUGUGGACUUAAUUGUAUCAUAACAACUGCCUUGAAAGGUGUUAUGCAAAUCCAGACUGGCAGAAGAUUGGUGAUAAUAUGCCACUGUUCAGAUGGUAUCUCGUGCUUAUUUGAAUUAAACUGUCCCCUCUUGACAUUUGACUGUAAAUAGAUCAGGUGCUGAGAGGAAGAAUUUUCCUACUUUUUCAUCCUCCCUCCACUUAGCUGUCAAUAUUAAUCAGAUGCUCUUGUUAUUUACAGCAUGGUGUUUUGGUGUACCUUCUUUAUACCUCACUGACUUGACAUGCAGUUUUUAUUCAGUGAUAAUAAAUAAACCAUUGUUCAGUAAAUUCUGCUGCCUGGUUACAUGUUUGUAGGAUUGCAUUUAUUAGUGGAAAAAUGAAGGUGCAAUUGAUUUGUGUUUGAGAACGGGGUGAAGAAUAUUUGAACAAAUAGCUUUAGUACAACUUUAUAGUUUCUAAUUUGACAACACCACCCUGGGAAUAGGGGAGAGAACAACAAGAGUUUGCAAUCCUGAUUGCUGUCUGGUUGGAUAUUGGACAAGUGAGGUCAAAUGGGAUCAAAGAGACAAAAUAAGGUUUGUAACAUGCUGUAUCUGCAUCCAAAGUUAUUCCCUGACCCUCACUGCAUUGACGCUGCUGAACUUGGACUUGAGUGAGUUACAGGAGAGCUGUUGAUUUCAGUUUCAGUGGCACCUCAUGAAUGUUGUCGGUGGGGAAGUGUUGAAACUUGCACACUGACACCUGCAUUGAUGAUGAGCCAAAUGACCUGCUUGCAAUAAACUGAACGGUAGUUCUUUCAAUUACAGAGAACUCUUUUGUUAAUGCUGUGAUUCUGCAAACCUGAUGGAUUGAGUCACUCAAGGUCACGUUGAGACUUUCAUUGUUUUCCCAGCUUGGGUUGGUAGAUAUUUGGAAAAAGGCAACCCAACCUUGUCAAAUAGAUGACCAAUAUAUUGAACUUUUGCAAGCGUGUGCAAUAUUCAGUGGUAGCCAAGUGUAGGGAGACGCUGGCAGCAGAUCUAUUUGAACACAUCUAGAAGUAAUUGGGUGGAGUAGAGAGAUUCCACAACUUCUUAACCAUACCUGCAGUCCAGGGUAUAAAACCAGAUACCCAAUUGCUGGGAUGACUGUCUCCACUGUCUUCUCUCUGGAAGGAACCAUUAUGAGAUGACUAUCAUUGAUUUUAACCCAACAUCUGGGGAUUGUGUGCCCACUACACUGUUGACAUCAACAUGAUAAUCUCAGUUGCGAUAUCUGAUGUGAAGCUGGAAGAAGUGGACUUUGAUUUAUGAGUGGUUGGGAUUGUGGAGAGAGACCCUUUAUUCUGCACUGAAUCCUUGUUGGACUUCUACAGGUAGUCAAAAAUGUAGUUUUAAUCUUAUGGAAAUCACUGUCUGUGGUGAAAUCAUUCAAUUACCUGAUCAUUUACUUCACAGGAGUUUUAAAAGAUGGUCUGGGCUUGCAUUUUGGUUGUACUGUUUCCCCCUAUAUAUUCAAAGCUGAAACUAUUUAUUCAUUAUUCAGUGACAUUUUGGCAGAGACAUUUUGUUUCCCUCCUUGUUGUUUAGGACUGGGGCAAUUUCAUUACUUCACUCAUUCAAAUAUAAUCAAGUAAGUUUGCAGUAUAUUUAAUCAGGUAUCAUCUUUGAUAUUGUCUCAAGAUGCAUCUUCAUUUAGAUUGUGUACAUAGGUGCUAAAGUAAAGUAACCGUGUUUUUUUUUGAGUGAAGAGAUGAUUUAAAAUCUGGAAGCUUUAAACCAAAUGGCUAUGUAGAUCAGAGGCCUGUUGUCUUGCCUGAAUAUCUAAAUUCUCUGAUGCCUCACAGAUGUAAACAACAUUUAGAUUUUAGCUUUUUCCUUUUUGUAAUUUUAAAAUUGUAAAAUAGCUGAACUGGGUGUAUUUGUAAUAGACCUGCAGAUUAAGAAAUUGAUCUGAAAUAAUGUUGGGAAUUUGGGUGCAGAGUUGUGAAUUUUUGUACAUGGCCUGGGUUUUGCGAACUGCUGGGAAGUAUUUUAAUAUUCACCUCUUUGGUGCUGUUUGGAUUUUGUUGGAGUCGCAACAAACUGCUCCUUUAAUGCAUUUGUUUUGAGGUAAUUUAAGUCCAAAUAGAUUUAACAAUAAUGUAAAAGGUUUGGCAGUGUAAGAGAUUCUAAUGUUGCGCAUGGUAAUUGGAUCCGGUAAGAAUUGCAAUGUCAAUUUUUCAGGUUUGGAUUGGAAGUUGGACUAAAAACUAUCAAUUUAUUUAUUUAAACUCUUUGUGUAGUUUGAUAUAAAUAUGUCAAUGAAGGUUGAGUGCCUGUUGUUAGUAAGUGCUGAAUUUCAUUGUCAUUGACAGGUAGAUUCCAACAGGAUAUAACUUGGCUCAAGGCAAAAAUGGUUAUCACCCCCUCCUCAUUACAUAAUGUAUGGACAACAGACAACUGGGAACAGAGGGUGAAUGCUAAACCAGUCCCAUAAAAAGGGAGCUGGAUAAAUCACAAACAGGAUUAAAGACUGCCUGGCAGGAUGGGGUCUGAGCUGAUCUAAUGUCCUGUGGAGGUUAAUAGUUCACAUGCUGUUGGCUUUAAAUGGCCUGACAAGAGUGGGGGGGGGUGGGUGUAGGUGGAUUGCCUGUGAUGUAAGAGCCACUGUUGAACAAUGGUCCAUUUCAAGAUAAAACCAUCACUGAGCUUCUUACUUUUAAUAUAGAUGUUUUUUUUCUUUAAAAAAAUUCUAGUUCUUCGUUAAAUGAACAAAUUUUAUAUAGAAUGAACAUUUGAAGGUGAAACAUUGAUUCCUGGUCAGGUGUGGAAUUCCCAUCAAAAACACUGCCUCGUUCCAGUUUUUGAUUUGAGGAAUUAAAGUGCUGGAGCACCAAAUCAGUGUGUAUAAAUUCCGUGCUUUGAGAUAUGUCCAUUGUGACCGUGAGUGUAGCAGUGACAGAAUAGAGUUUAACAUGUGAAUGGAAAAUGUGAGGAUAGAUACACCCAUUAAUCUUAAAGCUUAUGGUUUUUUUGUGUAAUGGUUCCCCAUAAAUUGGUCUUCAGAAGGAAAAAUGUAAUGCCUUUCCCACAAUGGGUGUGCAGGAAUCUAUUAACAUUGGGUGGUUUUUAUGUUCCUUUACAUUCAGUUAAGUGACCUAAAAGUUACAAGUGAAAAUUGAUAAACUAAUACCUUUUUUUGAGUUGGGGGUUUGUUAAAUGUGUUCUUGGUAUUUUUGAAUGAUGAGGAAUUACAGUCCUAUUUGUUAUCUUGGUAAUUGUCUAGAUGUUAGAAUUAUCACCUUAGAAUUACAAUUCUUUCCUGUUGGGCUGCAUUGAACAUUGUUAUUUGCCAACUUCUGGAAUUGGAGAAGAGUGAAGGAAAGACGGACCAGGACGUCCUCAAUGAUACUCCAUUGCUUUUUCAGGCUGGUGCUCUUGUUGAUUAAGGGAGUUCAGUCGUAGGAGAUGGCACAUAGGUUUGAAAUUGAAGAUUUAACCAUUAAUCAAAUCAACUUUCUUGCCAUCAACUAGGGCUUCUGGUUUCACCAUUAAAUGAACUGGAAUAGUGGGGGAGGGGGGAGAGUCUGUAAAUCUCGAACCACUGGAUUAUCUUCAUGUACAGUAUCUUGACCUAGGAGUAAAGGGUCCUCUGGUAAUAAGAAUGAGAUGGAAUCAUUUUUGAGUCAGGAAAAUAAAUAUUGAUAACACUUGAUGUUUGAAAAUAGUGGGCAGUGGUUAAAGAUGGUCUCUGUAACUAUUAAGAAAAAUUCUGUACAUUCAAAUCUAAGGCAUGAUCAAGUAGCAAUAAUAGAUUUCAUGUACUAUUCUGCCAGAGAGGUCACAAUCCUGAGUUUGCAGGCUCUCUUUUGUACGGAUUUGUUUCUGAAACAUGAGCCCCUUGUUUCUCCUAUCCCCUCCUCCACCACCACCCCACUGUGCAGCAGAAUUAAAUCAAGACAGUUGGAUUUUACAAUUUUUUUUAAAAACUGGGCAUUAAUUGACUGAUUUUUGACCUGAAAGCAUAACAUUUCCUAAUGAGCUUUCUUGAUGAAUUGUACCUCUGUGUCUAUGUAUGUACUUCGAACACCUUAAUAAAAAAAAUUAAAUUCA